GCUGAGCUACCUACUACUACUAGUCCAAUGUACUGUACUUGCAAGCUCUCCUUCACAUCUCGAGAAGCAGCUAGCUAGCUUGCCAACAACAACAAUGGCGCCGGCGGACCGCAGCAGCCUGGAGCUGGCGGCCGCGGGGGCCGGCCCGGAGCCCGACGACGACGGCCGGGGCCCUCGUACGGGGAACCUAUGGACGUGCGUGGCGCACGUCAUCACGGGGGUGAUCGGGGUGGGCGUGCUGGCGCUGUCCUGGAGCGUGGCGCAGCUGGGCUGGGUGGCCGGCCCAAUCGCCAUGCUCUGCUUCGCCGCCGUCACCUACGUCUCCGCGCUCCUCCUCUCCCACUGCUACAGGUCCCCCGCCGGCGCCGGCGCCGAUGACGAAGAAGACCACAAGGAGGCGGCGCAGAGGAACUACACCUACAUGGACGCCGUCGGGGCACAUCUUGGAAACAAGAAGCAGUACACCUGGGUCUGCGGCUUCCUGCAGUACCUCAACCUCUACGGCACCGCCGUCGCCUACACCAUCACCACGGCCACAUGCCUCAGCGCGAUCAAGAAGGCGAAUUGUUACCAUGGCCGAGGCCGCGGCGCCCCCUGCGGCUCCGAUGGAGGAGAGCUGCAUCUGUUCAUGCUGCUCUUCGGAGCGGCGCAGGUGGUUCUGUCCUUCAUACCGAACUUCCACAGCAUGGCCUGGCUCUCCUUCGUCGCCGCCGCCAUGUCCUUCACCUACGCCUCCAUCGGCAUCGGCCUCGGCCUCUCUAAAACCAUAGGUAAUGGGACGAUCAGAGGCAGCAUUGCCGGCGUCCCAAUGUCCACCCCCGCGGAGAAAGUCUGGAGAAUUGCACAAGCGAUCGGCGACAUCGCGUUCUCCUACCCGUACACCAUAGUCCUCCUGGAGAUACAGGACACGCUGCGACCAACACCACCGGAAGGCGAGACGAUGAGGAAAGGGAACGCCAUCGCCGUGGGCAUCGUCACCUUCUUCUACCUCUCCGUCGGGUGCUUGGGGUACGCGGCCUUCGGCGACGCUGUGCCGGGCAACCUGCUCACCGGAUUCGGCUUCUACGAGCCCUUCUGGCUCGUCGACUUCGCCAACGCCUGCAUCAUCAUCCACCUCCUCGGUGGCUACCAGAUGUUCAGCCAGCAGAUAUUCACGUUCGCCGACAGACGCUUCGCGGCGAGGUUCCCUGACAAUGCAUUCGUGAACAAGGUAUACUACCUGAGGAUCGUGCCAGGGCUGCCGGCGUACGGGCUGAACCUGCAGCGGGUGUGCUUCAGGACGGCGUACGUGGCGAGCACGACGGGGCUUGCAGUGGUGUUCCCUUACUUCAACGAGGUGCUGGGCUUGCUGGGCGCGCUCAUCUUCUGGCCGCUCGUCAUCUACCUCCCCGUCAAGAUGUACUGCGUGCAGAAGGGGGUCAGGGCUUGGACGCCCUUGUGGGUUGUGUUGCAGGCGUUCAGCGGCGUGUGUUUUGCCGUAGGCACGUUCGCGUUUGUUGGGUCCUUGGAGGGUGUUAUCAGAAAGAGGCUAGCAGGUUAGCUAGACCCAAAGUUUGACAGUACUGGUAGUUGCAGACAAAGAGUUUCUAUACAGUACACACUUGCUUGGUUGUGCUCCUCGGUGUUUGGCGUGUUGCCGCUCAAAAACAGAAACUACAACCAUAUACAAAAGCUGACACAA